CAGAUAGAACAUAAUUAUUCGGAAUACUUAUAACUCCUUUCGAGAUUUGCUCUUAAGGAAUAGUUUUAGAGUAGUAAUGUUUUAAGCUUUUAUUUGAUAAUAAGGCUUUGCCGUUGCUUUACUUGCUCCCGAGCACUCCCCUGUAUUUUCCGGACCCUCCUUUCUGAUGGUGCAGCCCGGCUGCCGGCGGCGGUUUGUUUUGUUGGCGGGAAAAAUCGGCGGGGACAGGACGGCGGGGACGGGGCGCUGAGGAGUCGCCGGACGGACGGCGGGGACGGGGCGCUGAGGAGUCGGCGGGCACCGGGCGCUGAGGAGUCGCCGGACGGACGGCGGGGACGGGGCGCUGAGGAGUCGGCGGGCACCGGGCGCUGAGGAGUCGCCGGACGGACGGCGGGGACGGAGCGCUGAGGAGUCGCCGGACGGAUGGCGGGCACCGGGCGCUGAGGAGUCGGCGGGGACGGAGCGCUGAGGAGUCGCCGGACGGACGGCGGGGACGGAGCGCUGAGGAGUCGCCGGACGGACGGCGGGCACCGGGCGCUGAGGAGUCGCCGGACGGACGGCGGGCACCGGGCGCUGAGGAGUCGCCGGACGGACGGCGGGCACCGGGCGCUGAGGAGUCGCGGAGACAAUAGGCGGUGCUGCCUGCCAGAUUUUAUCCUGAUGUACAACAUCUGAGGCAAUCAAUAAUGAGAAAAGGAAAAGCUACUUCCACUUCAAAAGGAUCUAAUUUGCAGAUUUCUAAAGCUGCAAGAUCUAAAAAUGGUGGACGAAAUCAAACUAAAAAAGGACAGACUCCUGUAAAUAAAAAUAAAGCCAAAUUGUCCGGUCAAAAGCAUCCACAGUUUUCCCCAAACCUAUCCAGCAUUUUAAGAAAUUCAGAAAGUCAAGAAGAUGAAGAACAAAGUGAAUAUUAUGAUAACCCAUUGCACAGCACAGCAGUCUUUUCUGGUGAUUUGGAACUGAAUGAUGAAGGAAAUGAAAAAGGGGAUGAAUAUCUUGCACAGAGUAAUGAACGUGAGGAGCCUACCCAGCAGUCUCCACCUCUGGGUGAAAAAAUCAGCAAUAAAAAAUGUCUUGGAGUCCUUGCUCGCAUAUCUGAAGGUGUGGAAGCAGAGGGAAGUGGGAUGGAUACAGAAGAUAACACCAGCAUGGCAUCAAGUGACAGUACAUUGGAACCUGUUAAAAAGUCAGAGCAUGAGAAAGUGAUGGCGAAAAACGUAUCCAGUUCACGAGCCAGAAAAGUGUCUAAGCUAUCUAGGGAUGUUCCAUCGCGGACAAGUGCAAGAAAAAGUCCUGGUGAUAGGAACUCUAGAAUUAAGCAGAGGACAGUUUCUGCUGGUGCUGCUACAAAGAGGUCGUUGGCUAAUACUCGUGCAUCUAUUUCAAUGCAAAAAAAACGAAGAAGGAAGCAAGUAGGUGCAUCAACGGAUCCCAGAAGGGACUCCUUUCUUACAGAACCUUCCAUGGAUACCUCCAUGAGAAAUGAAGGUAAAACCUCUGGAAAGAGGAAACGGAAAACCUUAGUUAGGACAUCAGUUGGAUCUCCUAAUGCCUCUCCUAAUUCGCCUGCACUGACACCUGCCACUCCAGAAGAAGGGCCUUUAUCUCUGAAAAUCUGGUGCCCUGAAGGUGUUAAAAGGUUAUCAAAAGAUGUUACCGAACUGGAUGUAGUUCUCGAUGAUUUUGAGCAGAUUGUUACAGAAUAUAAGCAAUCUGUGGAACCUGGUACUUGCAGAAAAGUAGUUAACAGAUUCUUAAUUAAUUUAAAGGAGCAAGUCACUGAAACUAUAAAUCAAAUACAAGAUCUGAAGAACUUGGAAAGAAAAAAUGCAAAGGUGACAUCAACCUUCAACAAGACAAGGAAGCACUUUUUAGUAGUUCAGAAGGAAUUAAAUGAGCAAGAAAUAGAACUGAAGCGAUUGCAGAAGGAACAUUCAGAACUGAGCCAAAAGAAAGCAGAUUUGCAGCAUGUGGCACACUUCCUGUCUGGUUUUAAACAAAUGCAGACACAGUACAUUGAACAUAGGAAUAAAAACCCCAGUGAGAAAGAAAUGUAUGAUAUUUCCAGCUUUCCUGCUCUGUUGGUAGAAGCACGAGGAAUUCUGGGAGCUGAGAAGCAGCUUCACAUAAUAAAUACAAAAUUACAGCAGUCAUUGGACAAGUAAAGCCCAGUUUUUCCAAAGAGCAGCUAAGCAGUUGAUUUAGAGAAGAUGAGUAAUGUUAAUUGGCCUCUUUUAUAUCUUUGGAAUUGACUGAAAACUGUUCUCUACCUACAAAUGACUACCCUUCUAAAGUGCUUUGUGGCUGUAAAAUCCCUUGGAGGUGGACUGAGUUCUUGAUAGGCACUAAAUAGAAAAAGUACACAGUGGGGAGCAUAAUUAAUAACUGCAUGAAUUGCAGUAGGUGUGUGCUCUCUCAUAAUUCUGAGGGUUGAUUUUGCUGUUUCAAGUUAAUGUUCUUAUGGCCAAGCAUCAAAUUUACUAAUUGACUUGUAAUAACAUACAUUUGUUAUGUUGUAUAUAAAAACAUUUGUAUUAAUAGAGAAAAGCUUGUGAGCAAAUUGUAUAAAGGUCAAUGGACUCAGAUUUAAGCAGAAAGAUGUAUUUAAUAUUAAUAAAAAUGCUGCCAUUAUGUACAGUUAUUUCAUUAAGUAGAAACAGAUAAAAGUUAAAUCCUUUUGCUGCAGGAUUUGAGAUCAGCAUCUACAUCCAGGAUUUGCUGAUGGAAUGCAAAUACUGAACUGUUUCUGUGGAGACCAGUU